AUGGCGGCGGCGGCGGCGUCGGGGUCCUGCGGGCGGUGCGGGCGGCGGCCUGGCCCCGGCCCCGGCCCCGGGCGGCUGCUCAGCCUGGCCGUCCUCCUCAACGUGGCGCUCAGGGGGGCCUCCGCCACCACACACUGGAUCGUCACCGAAGACGGCAAGAUCCAGCAGCAGGUGGAUUCACCAAUGAACUUGAAGCAUCCCCAUGACUUGGUCAUAUUAAUGAGACAAGAAACAACAGUUAACUACCUCAAAGAAUUGGAGAAGCAGCUGGUUGCUCAAAAAAUUCACAUAGAGGAGAAUGAGGACAGAGAUACAGGACUGGAACAAAGACAUAAUAAAGAAGAUCCAGACUGCAUCAAAGCCAAAGUGCCCCUGGGGGACCUCGAUCUGUACGAUGGCACAUAUAUCACCUUGGAGAGCAAAAAUAUCAGGCCGGAAGACUACAUAGACACACAGUCUCCCGUUCCUCCAGACCUAGAGAAACCAGACUGUACAAAAAUUUUAGAGCUUCCAUAUAGUAUACACGCUUUUCAGCACUUAAGGGGUGUACAAGAGAGAGUUAAUCUUUCUGCCCCUCUAUUAUCUAAAGAAGAUCCAAUCUUCACCUACCUAUCCAGACGUUUGGGAAGAAGCAUAGAUGAUAUAGGCCACCGUAUUCAUGAAGGUCUAUUAAAGAACUCUUCCUCGUGGGUUCUGUAUAACAUGGCCUCAUUUUACUGGAGAAUAAAGAAUGAGCCCUAUCAGGUAGUAGAAUGUGCUAUGCGUGCACUUCAUUUCUCUUCCAGGCACAAUAAAGAUGUGGCACUGGUCAACCUGGCAAAUGUUUUACACAGAGCCCACUUCUCCGCCGACGCAGCUAUUGUGAUCCACGCAGCUCUGGAUGAGAGUGACUUCUUUACCAGCUAUUACACUUUGGGGAAUAUAUAUGCAAUGCUUGGGGAAUACAACCACUCAGUGCUAUGUUAUGAUCAUGCUUUACAGGCCAAACCCGGGUUUGAACAAGCUAUAAAGAGGAAGCAUGCGGUCCUGUGUCAGCAAAAACUUGAGCAGAAAUUGGAGGCUCAACAUAGAUCCCUCCAGCGCACCCUGAACGAGCUAAAGGAAUAUCAGAAGCAGCAUGACCACUACCUGAGGCAGCAGGAGAUCCUGGAGAAGCACAAGCUGAUUCAGGAGGAGCAGAUUCUACGAAACAUCAUCCACGAGACCCAGGUGGCCAAAGAGGCGCAGUUAGGAAAUCAUCAAAUUUGUCGUCUGGGUAACCAGCAGCGCAGUUUGCACUGCCAGUGGGACCAACCUGUGCGCUAUCAUCGUGGAGAUAUAUUUGAAAACGUCGACCGUGUUCAGUUCGGGGAAGAUUCAUCAACUUCCACUAUGACAUCUGUGACUUUGGAUGUUCAAGCAAAUCAGAGUGAGCUCAACCAUUCCUUGCAGUCUUCCCCUGUAGCUCGUUCUGUUGUCUGGAUCUGGGGCAUGGAAUCUGAUGCUUAUAGGGACAAGCAGCAUAUUCUGUGGCCUAAAAGAACAGAUUGUGCAGAAAACUAUCCCACAAUUCCUCAGGCUGAGGAAUUGCCAACGUAUUUCCUGCCUCCCGAAAACAGAGGACUCAGGGUCCAUACGUCUAUCGAUAAGCAAGAACUUUCAGGAGAGCCCAGCACACCAGAUUGCUCUUCCAUAACUGACCUCCGGAACAAUGAAACUCUGUACUUCUUAGUCAAAGAAUUAGACAGCCACCUGGAUCUGAAGUUCAAGAUGCCCGAUGACCACGCACGACAGAUUCUGUUUUCCCGUAUCAACAACCACACUAUCACAGAAGAAGAAAUAGGGACGUUCUUGUUUCACUCGAUCAAAAAGCCAAAUGACCUGUUCUGGAUCAUGCUCAAUGAGGCCGGGCUCUAUUGGCGGGCAUUAGGAAAUAGCACAAUUGCCAUUGCUUGUCUUCAGAGAGCGUUGAAUUUAGCCCCACACCAGUACCAGGAUAUUCCUCUUGUCAACUUGGCCAACCUUCUGAUUCACUACGGUCUACACCUUGAUGCCAGCAAGCUGCUACUCCAGGCUCUGACGAUUAAUAGCUCUGAACCCCUGACCUUUUUGAGCCUAGGAAAUGCCUAUCUUGCUCUGAAGAACAUCAGUGGAGCGCUUAAGGCCUUCAGGCAGGCUCUGGAUUUGACGACCAAAUGCCCUGAGUGUGAGAACAGCCUGAGAUUGAUCCGCUGUGUGCAGUUUUACCCUUUUCUGUACAACAUCACCUCUUCUGUUUGCAGUGGACAUUGUCAUGAAAAAAACCAGGACAACGGCCACAGCAAACAGAAAUACUUUGACGGUUCAUUGCGAGCAGAAAAAGAAGAACCCACCGAGAGGGGAACAAAAGACCACCCUGAAGUCUCCAUUCAGAAUUCAGGGAGGGAUUCAGAUGCCCUAAGACUUGAAAGUACCGUGGUCGCGGAAAGCAAUGGCUCCGACGGGAUGGAGAGCGUAGGCGAAACCCAGAUGUCGGAAGAGAUGCUGGCUCUGGUGGAUGAGUUUGAAAACUCGUGGCCUCUAGAAGCCUUCGACGGGGCUUUGGAAGUGAAAGGGCGGAGGAUGGACUUGCAGGGCAUCCGGGUACUGAAGAAAGGUUCACAGGAUGGGCUGGCCGGCUCCUGUUUCGGAGAUUGCGGAGAUGACGACGACGACGAAGCCGAAUGGAUAACAUUCCAGGUCAAACGUUUAAAGAAGCCCAAAGCAGAGAGCCUGGAUGCUCUGGAGCCUCCUGGGAGAAAUGGAGAGGAACGGGUUCAAGCAGAAAUUGAACAGCCCUACCAGACUGCUCUGGAAAUCAGUGGCCCCAAAAUACCCUCUCCUGGGCCACAAGGGAAAAACCGAGAUUAUCGCAGCCUGGGAUGGCCCAGCCCUGACGAGUGUUUAAAACUCCGCCGAGUGGAGCUGACUGCUGUAGCCAGCACCUGGCUGGCAGUUUCAGCUAAGAACAUUGACAUCACCGAGCACAUAGAUUUUGCCACCCAACUACAGGAACCGGCUUUCGAGCCUCUCUGUAACAGUAACCUGCCUGCCAGCAUGCACACCCUGGACCACUUGCAUGGGGUCGCUAACCGGGCCAGCCUGCACUAUACCGGGGAAAGUCAGCUGAAGGAGGUGUUGCAGAAUCUGGGCAAAGAUCAGUAUCCUCAGCAGUCGUUUGAACAGAUUGGCACGCGAAUCGCGAAAGUUUUGGAGAAGAACCAGACCUCCUGGGUCCUCUCCAGCGUGGCGGCCCUGUACUGGCGGGUGAAGGGGCAGGGGAAAAAGGCGAUCGACUGCCUGCGUCAGGCCUUACACUAUGCCCCACAUCACAUGAAGGAUGUGCCUCUGAUCAGCCUGGCCAACAUUUUGCACAACGCAAAGCUCUGGAAUGAUGCCAUAGUGGUGGCCACCAUGGCAGUGGAAAUAGCCCCCCAUUUUGUCGUGAACCACUUCACCCUGGCCAACGUCUACGUCGCGAUGGAGGAGUUUGAAAAGGCCAUGGUGUGGUACGAAUCGACCCUGAAGCUGCAGCCCGAGUUCGCCCCAGCCAAGAACCGGCUCCGGACCAUCCAGUGUCAUUUACUCACGAAGAAAGCCCGGCGUUCUCCUUAAUGUUCUUCCUUCGCUCUCUCUUCCUGUAUCAACCCCCCUCCGGACUCUACCUUCUCUGUCUCUUUCCGCCCUUUUUAAAAAAGAAACCAAUCAUUGUUCAGUAUCUGCUUUUAAUGAGGUGUGAGAAGAUAAGGAGGAUAAUUCAGAUCUAAAACAAAACUUUUAAAUACAUGGGAUUUGGUUUGGCUAUUUGUUCGGUUUUUUUUUUUCCUUCCCCAAGGCCUCUCUGGAAAUAAAACUUCCAAAAGGAAAAUGCAGCUUGAGAUAAAUUAUGUAAAUACCGAGCCAAGAUACUUCAGAAGAUGUUUUGCGGUCCCCGAGUCUCAAAGCGGUCGGGAUCUUCUCAGCGCCCGACCACCUCCCACCUGUUAGGGGUCGGGGCCGGGCCUGGGAAAAGAAUCCGAUUCAUGCCGUGGCGUCUCAAGUCGGUGCGGAGGCAGACGCACGUCCUCCGCGCCAGAUUCUGAGAAUCCAUGAUCAAUUGUCCGUCCAUUGGAAAUCCAUGCUUUUACCCAGUCUCCUUCAGAACGUGCCGCAGUAUUCACGGGAGCAGGGAGAAAGCGAUUUAAAAAGCAAAAAACAUCCGAGGAACAUCUGACCUUUUGUGAUGCUAUCUAUGUUGCGGGGGGAGGGACGGGCUGAGAAGGGAAAAAUCAGCAAUGUAUAACAUCUAAAACCAUUUGUAUUUUGAUUUCAAAACACCAGAAAACCAAUAAGUCGAAUUCCUAUAUAAGAGGUUUUAUAUAUAUGUAUGUAUCUUCGAAGCCUUCUGCAGAACUAAGUCUCUGUGUUACUAAUUCUUGGUUCUCUGUGUUUUUUUACCCAUCGCAGAACGAGGAGCUAGUAUAAGCUCUGCCUCUCAGGCCUUCUGACUUAAAAGCUGCUCAGGAGAGAAUGAGCCGUGGCUGAGUGUUUCCAAAUAAAAGCUUUUCCCUUUGGUCCAGGGAGGACUGGAAACUCCAGACACUGUUGGAUCUAUAAGGGCACAUACUUGGGGCAAAAAUAAAAAAAAUGUUUAUGAGCAAAA